UUGCCAUCUUUGCCCCGUCUUUCCAAGUCUCUUCAACGUGAUAAAGGAAAACCCUAAUUUACCUCCUCGUCCUCGAGUUAUUUGGUUCAUUUUCUGAUUUUAUUUUCCCGACACGGACAAAAGAAAAACUCUUCUAUGAACUUACGGUCACGAUCUUCUCGAUCUUGAUAGCCUUUACCUCGCCUCGAAACCCAUUUCUUUCUCUCUCUUCUCCUUUAUCACUUUCCUCAUCUCCUCCGUUUUCUCUGCCACCUCCGCCGUCACCGUCGCGAUAACCGAAUUCACGAAGUCGACGCCGCCGUCACCACCAUCUUAUCUCUGUUCAUUCUCAUAUCGACGUUCCAUUUCACCUGUUUCCGGUAAGCUUGAAGAUGAAAGGUUUGUCGGAAUACCCUGUUUUAGAUAACCGGCCGAUUGAUCAAUGGAAAGUUACGGAAUUGAAGGAAGAACUCAAGAGGCGGAAGUUGAUCACGAGGGGUUUGAAAGAAGACCUUGUAAGACGUUUGGAUGAAGCUAUUCGUGCUGAUAUGGAAGCUGAGAAAAAUGAGGCUGAAGAUGGUUUAGUGGACCCUGCACCUGAUAAUUUAACUGAAGCUGUGUCAACUGAGCAAAUUGUAGACAAUACAAAAAAAUUUCAAGGAAAUGUGGGCGAUGUUGUCGAUGGUAUUGGUAAGGUGUCAGCACAGGUUGAUAGUGUUGAGCAGCCAGUUGCUGGAAAUGUUCAGGAAAAACAAGUUUUAGGAUUAGAUAGUGAUCUACCUAUAGACAUGGGUGUUCCCGCGAACGAUGUUCCUUCGGCGGGUUUAGGUAAUGAAACUAGUGAGCAUUUGUCAUCGGGAAAGGCACUUGAUUUUGAGGGGAUACAGGAUGGUAACAUGGAAAAGGUCGAUGAGGGUUCAAGAGUGCAGGAGCAAUUUGACGAUGUAAAGCAAUUGCAUGAGGAUGUGAAGCUGGAUUCUUCUGAUUCAACCAACCAGGUAUCUGAGGUCAGCUCUAGUUUAGGGUUUCCCGUAAAAUCUAAUUCUAUUUCUACUGAUUCUUUGUCUUUUAAUGAAAAGAAUGACCUAAAGGAUAACAUAAUUGCUGAUAAUGAUGUUAAAUUAGAAUCUGAUGUUAAGCCUGAGAUGGUGCAACCAUCAUCAAGUGAUUUUAUCCUCGACGGUGGCAAAUCGCAUCCAAGUGAUGUUGAGGAGCCACAUGAAAACAAGGUUUCUGUUCAAGAGACAGAUAACAAUGUUACACAUGCGGAUGUGAGCCAGAAAAAUUAUAGUGCCGAUUUGGGUUCUGAAAAGUUAAAUUUAGAUCGAAGUUCUGGUGAUGAUUCCAUGGAGGAAGAUGCUUUGGAAAGUAAGCAUAUUGAUUCAAAUUAUAAUUCUGAAGAAGUUGUGGAAAAGACCGAGAAAAAUGAGGUCAUCACAACUGAAGAAGGAAAAUCUGUUGCAACCAUGGAUGUUGAUGUACCUGGCAAUGAAAAGGGUAUCUGCCAAGAAAAUGAUAUUGUUUCUGCUGCUUCUGCUGACAAGAGAAAGCUUUCAGAUAAAGAGGUGGUUUUGAAUAAUGAGCCCUCAAAAAGGCAGCGGAGAUGGAAAUCUGAAAGCAAUGAUAAGGAGACUCAAGUCUCAAAUAUCUCUUCCCAAGCUCCAAUCAAAGAGGUGCUGCAACCUGCUGUUUUGAAACGUAACCUCUCUGGAUCUAAUUCUAUUGGUGGUUCUAAUGAACCUUCAAAAGAGCGUGAAGUUCCACCCUCUUCAAAACCUGCAACUAAUUCCCUCAGGAUUGAUCGUUUUUUGCGUCCUUUUACCUUGAAAGCUGUCCAGGAACUGUUGGGGAAAACAGGAACUGUCACCAGUUUUUGGAUGGACCACAUUAAAACUCAUUGCUAUGUCACUUACUCGUCUGUUGAAGAGGCAACGGAGACAAGGAACGCUGUUUACGACUUGCAAUGGCCUCCAAAUGGCGGUCGCCAUCUUAUUGCCGAGUUUGUUGAUCCUGAGGAAGUUAAAUUACGUUUGGAGCCACCUCCACCUCCACCUCUAGUAUCUCCUGUGAGUUCGGGGCCUACACUUCCUGAACUUCAAACGAUGCCGCAGCCUUCACCCCGCCAAAAAAGUCUCAGACAGCAGAUGCAGCAACAGCCUACUUUACCGCCUCCUCCUCCUUUAUCAAACCCACCUCAGGCUAGGGAACGAGCAAUUUUACCGCCUCCGCCUCCGCCUCCGCCUCUGCAGAAUGAAAAAGUUGAGGCUCCUAUAGUGACCUUGGAUGAUCUAUUCAAGAAAACCAAAGCAACGCCUCGGAUCUACUACUUGCCUUUGUCUGAAGAAGAAGUUUCUACUGUGCUAGAAGCUCGUCGUAGGAAUGCCAAGCAGUAGGAGACUGUUCGUCACCAUGGUUGCUCAUGAAUUAGGAUGUAAAUGUCGAGGACACAAUGAUGUCUUUGCAGCUUUCUUGGUCAACACACUAGCUAGUAGCAUUAGAUAAAAACUUGUCCAGCUGAAGAUUUGUUGGUGAAUGAUGGUAGCAUAGUUGUCUGGGGUCUCCUCUGAGUUUUUAUUCCGAGUUAAGGAAUUUUAAUGAAUUGUCGUCCUUUAGGCUGGAUGUUCUUUUUCACAGAACCAAUAUGUUGAAAUUUUAGUAGGUUUGGAUUGUAUGUUAAAAUGUUCAUGGUACUAUGAGAUUGAUUUGUUGAUGGUACCCUGCAGAAUGUAAGAUUUCAAUCUGUAGUCUUUGAAUGUCCAGUUAUGAAUGUACUUUAAAGACUGAUGUUAUCGAUCAUGUCGGAUAUUAAUGUACUUCACCUUCCUUUAGCUUCUUUUCCGGACAAAGUCUCUUGGAUCGCCUUGAUUUUUACUAGACCCGGUCCGGUUGUGUAGACGCUCUUUUAUGCCUCAGCCCCUAAGGUAUGACUGACCGACUUUACAACGUGUUAGGAGCUAAAGUGGGUAUAGAUUU